UCACGGCUAGAACCUUCCCUCCAAUAGCCAACUAAUAUAAAUGCACGUUCCUUCCACGCUGCUUUUUCUGUGUUCUUCUCGCGAUCAUUCCGACCUCCUCAAUUGUCCACCUUUUGAAUUUGAUCCAAUUUCGACCCUCCGAGAUUGCCGUGAUGGGGAAGUGCUACCCGACCGCGAGCGAAGAGUACAGGGAAGCCGUCGUGAAGUGCAAGCGGAAGUUGAGAGGGCUCAUUGCUGAGAAGCAUUGCGCCCCGAUAGUCCUCCGACUCGCGUGGCACUCUGCUGGUACCUUCGAUGUGAAGACAAAGACAGGAGGCCCCUUUGGGACGAUUAGGCACCCGGGGGAGCUCGCUCAUGAAGCUAACAAUGGCCUGGACAUUGCCGUGAGAUUGUUGGAGCCGAUCAAGGAGCAGUUCCCGAUCCUGUCCUAUGCCGAUUUCUACCAGUUGGCUGGAGUAGUUGCUGUUGAAGUGACAGGAGGGCCUGAGAUUCCGUUCCACCCGGGUCGACCGGACAAAUGCGAUCCACCCCCAGAAGGCCGAUUACCAGAUGGCCAUAAAGGCGCGGACCAUCUUAGAGAAGUGUUUGGCCAUAUGGGCCUCAGUGACAAAGAUAUUGUUGCCCUCUCUGGUGGUCACACUCUGGGGAGAUGCCACAAGGAACGCUCCGGAUUUGAGGGACCGUGGACUAGAAAUCCUCUCAUUUUCGACAAUUCCUAUUUUAAGGAACUCCUCUCGGGAGAUAAAGAAGGCUUACUCCAGCUGCCUUCGGACAAGGCUCUUCUCGAGGAUCUGGUGUUUCGCCCUCUUGUUGAGAAGUAUGCUGCGGAUGAGGAUGCUUUCUUUGCUGAUUAUGAAGAGGCCCAUCUGAAGCUCUCGGAGCUCGGAUUUGCAGAUGCCGAAUAAUGGAGAUGGAUCAAUGUUUUGUGACUUGUGGAGCCGAGGAAAUCUCCUUCCAUGUAUUUGUAUUUGUCCAACUAAAAUUUGUCUUGUGGUACUUCUGGUGUUUCUCGUACUACCCUGUGUGCAUUGUCCAAAAUCAAUGAAUGCUAUGUAGUUGAAUUGAAUUCUUAUCUUGGGAAGCAUAUCUUCCGCACAUUCACAUAAA